AUGUUUAACGCCACAACUGGAGAGUGGAACGAUGUUUCCUGCUUCCAAAAAUUGGGCGGAGUUGUGUGCAAAAGAAAUUGUACAGGAACAUGUGGAAGUACAUCCAUCAAGACUGCUUUACUUACUAGCCCUUCUGACAUAACAGACACAAGUUGUACAUCUGGCAAUUGGACUAGACGAACAGGUGAAGAUGGAAAAACAUAUGGUUAUCAAGUUGUAAUGAAAGAUUGGCUUAAUUUUUAUGAGGCAAAUGCACAAUGUCUUGCGAUCGGAGCUGAAGUCGUAUCAGUCCAUAGCGUAGCUGAAAAUGAAUUUAUUCGACAAUUGGCAGCUCCGUAUAUAAAUGUGUGUCAAACAAACACAUCGGUGUGUGCCCAAAGAGUUUCUACUACUCUUGACACUAUAAUGCGUUCACUCUGGUUAGGCUUGCACCGUUGUGCAUUCUAUCCUUCAUACAAUGCCACUGUCGACUGCGUCAAUUCGGAUGGAACCAAUUGUGAUUAUUUCAACAUCACUGGAGGUCCUUCAGGAACGGAAACUGGAACAGCAUCUGGUCAACAAGAGGCUUGCGCUGCCAUGUACAACGGAACAUCGGGAGAGUGGAAUGAUAUAGCAUGCUUUAAUAAAUUGGGUGGAGUAAUUUGUAAAAAGAACUGUUCGAACGCUUGUGGAGUUGCAUCAACAACUACCACACGAUUGACUACAACAACCACACAGCCAACUACCACAACAACGUUACCUACUACCACAACGACUUUACCAACAACCACAACUACCUUGCCAACUACAACAACAACAUUACCUACUACUACAACCACUUUACCUACGACCACAACGACUUUACCGACUACCACAACCACGUUACCGACUACCACAACCACUUUACCAACUACUACUACAACGUUACCAACUACCACAACAACACAACCUUCCACAACAACUACCACCCAGCCAACUACAACCACAACAGAACCUUCCACUACAACUACCUUCAAUUGUGCUCAACCUCCAGUCACUUCAUUGCUGAGCUACAACCCUUCUGAUCCAAAAAUAUCAACUAAUGGCAAUACAACUGAAGGAGUUUGUGAAUGCCCAGCCGAUCCUAGUAAUAAAAAUGUCUUUUUUAUUCCUGUUACAACGGUUACAACUGGGUCAAGUGCAAGUAGUUCUUCAGUCAUUAUGAAAUGUUCAAAGAUGCAGGACUUUUGUGUUUGCGACGAAGGCGAUGUUUGUUGGAAGUUGAUAAAUGCUUAUUCUCUAAUUGUGAUUAAUUCUUUCUGCGAUCCAACAUGUCAUAUGUAUGCACGAUUAACUAACUCUGCACCGUUUAAUCAAACCUUCGAAAGCGAUUGUGGAAGAAAAAUUACACUGGAUGAUGAAUUGACUCCAAUUCCAAAUACAAAAUUUCAUACAUUCAAACCAAUGGGUAGUACUGUAGAUUAUUACAUUAAAGCAGCGAGUAUUCGAUGUCUUCAAGCAGGCGAUACUUGCACCCCAAUCAAAUGUUCGGGAACUAGAAAGCCAUCUCCUUGUGGGGCGCCUGAUAAAUAA